AUGGGCGUCGAGGUGGCCGGCCUGCCCGGCGUCCUCUGUGCCACCCCGGUGCCAUGCGGCACGACACAGCCGGAGGCCCCCGCACCCCGUCAGAGCUACGCCAAGGUGAAGACGCGGGCGGAGGUGCGGGGGGGCGGCAGAAAGCCAUGGCGGCAGAAAGGAUCCGGCCGGGCUCGCCACGGCAGCAUCCGUUCGCCCCUGUGGCGCGGGGGGGGCAUCGCCCACGGGCCGCGGGGUCCCACCAGCUACUACUACAUGCUGCCCAUGAAGGUGCGGGUGCUGGGGCUGAAGGUGGCGCUGACGGUGAAGCUGAUGCAGGAUGACCUCCACGUCGUCGACAACCUGGAAACGCCCACCGCCGACCCCCAGUACCUACUGGAUUUGGCGCGCUACCGGCGCUGGGGCCGCUCCGUCCUCAUCGUCGACGUCGACGAGAUGCCGGAGAACAUCGCGACGGCCGUAACCGGCUUGAAAACCAUCAACCUCAUCCCGGCUUUGGCUCUCAACGUGCACAGCAUGCUGAAGCACGAGACGUUGGUGCUGACUUUGGCCGCCGUCGCCUUCCUGGAGGAGAAGCUGCUGUGGCACGACACCCGUUACUCCCCGCUCUACCCCUUCUCCAUGCCCUACAGCGACUUCCCUUAGAUUCCCCCCCCCCGAACCCCCCCCCGAGCCCCCACCAGCAGGGUGAGACCCCCCCCCCCCCACCGGGCAGGAUCCGGCCCCCCCCAUCCCAUUGGAAGGGCUUUUUGGGGGGCUGCCGUGGCCAUUAAACUGGUUUCUCCCCA